AUGAAGGUCCUGGAAGGCAGCAUUAAUCAAACAGGUGACUCCCUGGGAAGCGCCCAAAGGAAUCUGACUUAUCUGCCCUACUAUCAGCACUCGCCAUCUGUCGCUGCUCUCUACGCUGUUGCCUACCUGUUCAUCUUUGCUGCCUGCAUGGUUGGGAACAGCCUGGUUUGCUUUGUUGUGUUGAAAAACAGCCAAAUGAGAACAGUCACCAACCUCUUUAUACUCAACCUGGCCAUCAGUGAUCUGCUGGUGGGCAUCUUCUGUGUGCCCACCACCUUAGUAGACAAUUUAAUAACAGGAUGGCCCUUUGGCAGCAGCAUCUGCAAGAUGAGUGGGCUGGCCCAAGGCAUGUCUGUCUCGUCGUCGGUCUUCACCCUGGUGGCCAUCGCUGUGGACAGGUUCCGCUGCAUUGUCUAUCCCUUUAAACCCAAGCUCUCCCUCUUCCAGGCUCUCAACACCAUUGCUCUCAUCUGGGUCUUGGCCAUCACCAUCAUGUGUCCCUCUGCCAUCAUGCUCACGGUGGUUCAAGAGGAGAACAGUUACAUGGUUUACGGUGACAAUCAGAGCGUCACCUACCCCUUGUACUCCUGCUAUGAAGCCUGGCCAGAUAGCAAAAUGCGCAAAAUCUACACCACAGUGCUCUUUGCCCACAUCUAUGUAGCCCCACUGAGCUUCAUCACCUUCAUGUACAGCAGGAUUGGGUUCAAGCUGUACAGGUCAUCAGGCCCUGUGAGCCAGCACCGCGUGGAGAGGGAAGGUCGAUGUGGUACGGCCAUCUCCAGGAGGAAGGUGAGGGUGAUCAAAAUGCUUGUUCUGGUGGCCCUGCUGUUCAUGCUUUCCUGGCUGCCCCUGUGGACCCUGAUGCUGCUCACAGACUACGCCCAGUUAGAUGAGCAGCACAUCAACGUGCUGGCGGGGUACGUAUUCCCUUUUGCCCAUUGGCUGGCCUUCUCCAACAGCAGCAUCAACCCCAUCAUCUAUGGCUACUUCAAUGAGAACUUCAAGAAGGGCUUCCAGGCAGCCUGCUCUAACAGGCUGGUUCCUCAAGAGGUAUAUGCUGAGAGGGCAGCCAGCAGCUUUGGUACCAGGAACAAGAUCUUCACUGAUGGGGAGUCCUUUGAUUCCAUCUGCUUGAAGAAUGUGCACCCUAAGGUUCCUUGUGGGCCACAGACUGGGGCUGCCCAGGGGCAAGGACUUUACCUGGAGGAUCUCAGGGACAUCACCCCCCUGAACAAAGUCUGCAAAGCUUGGGAUGUCUGA